GACCAGUAGAUCCGCGGCUUCCGGCGCAAGUUGCCCCAUCCGCCACCUGCUUUGCCAAGAGGCGGAUUUGAGGACCUGCGUCAUCCAUCACAAGAGCACCUCCCAGCCAGCUCCCACCGCAGCCGCCGCGCAAGCCAGGCACCCAGGAACAGCUGCGUCAGGCCGCCGCCUCCCCAGACCACCACCAAUGGAGCUCCUCUUAAAACGAGCAAGCUCCACCUCCCCAACUUCGACCCAAACCCAGGCUCUCUCUCCGCAUCAUCCCAAUUCCCGACACACUCUCUCCAAUCCCCAUCAGGUCCGGACAAGACACCCAUCAGUGCCAUCAUCGCGGGUCGCUGUGCUAGUUGUUUACCAUCACCAGCUACGUUAAUUGUUUGUGCUAUCAUUUACUCUCAUUAAUCCGAGUCCCUUGCGCAGCGCAGCGCCGUCGCCACCAUGAAGGGUGCUCUCCUUACCGCAGCUGUGCUGCUCGGCUCAGUCGACGCUGGCGUCCACAAGCUCAAGAUGAAGAAGGUCCCGCUGUCGGAGCAGCUUGAAACCGUCCCUCUUACUGCUCAGCUCCGUGGCCUCGGCCAGAAGUACCUCGGUCUUCGCCCUGACAGCCACGCCCAGGCGGUCUUCGAGUCUCGCCCGAUUCGGGCCCAGGGCAACCACCCGGUGCCCGUCUCAAACUUCAUGAACGCGCAGUACUACUCCGAAAUCACGGUCGGAACUCCUCCCCAGUCGUUCAAGGUUGUCCUUGACACUGGCAGCUCCAACCUCUGGGUUCCCUCGCAAUCGUGCGGUUCCAUCGCAUGCUACCUGCACUCCAAGUAUGACUCGUCGGCUUCUUCCACCUACAAGAAGAACGGCACCGAGUUCGAGAUCACCUACGGCUCUGGCAGCCUGUCGGGGUUCGUUUCCAACGAUGUCAUGCAGAUCGGCGACAUCAAGAUCAAGAACCAGGACUUCGCCGAGGCUACUAAGGAGCCUGGCCUGGCUUUUGCUUUUGGUAGAUUCGAUGGCAUCCUCGGCCUUGGUUUUGACAGGCUGUCUGUCAACAAGAUGGUGCCGCCCUUCUACCAGAUGAUCGAUCAGAAGCUCAUUGAUGAGCCCGUCUUUGCUUUCUACCUCGCAGACCAGGACGAUGAGUCCGAGGCCAUCUUUGGCGGUAUCAACAAGGAUCACAUCGACGGCAAGAUCAUCGAGAUUCCCCUGCGUCGCAAGGCCUACUGGGAGGUCGACUUCGAUGCUAUUGCCCUUGGGGAUGAGGUUGGCGAGCUCGAGAACACUGGCGUCAUUCUGGACACCGGUACCUCGCUGAACGUUCUCCCCACUCAGCUGGCUGAGAUGCUGAACGCCCAGAUCGGUGCCAAGAAGGGCUACAACGGCCAGUACACCAUCGAUUGCGACAAACGCAAGUCGCUGCCCGACGUUACCUUCACGCUCACGGGCCACAACUUCAGCAUCACUGCCUAUGACUACAUUCUGGAGGCUUCGGGCACCUGCAUCUCGACUUUUAUGGGAAUGGACAUAGCGCCUCCUGCGGGGCCCCUUGCCAUCCUUGGUGAUGCCUUCCUCCGUCGCUACUACUCCAUCUACGAUCUCGGCAAGGGCACUGUUGGCCUCGCGAAGUCCAAGAAAUAAGUUGUCUGCAGAUUGACAAGGUCGAGGACGCUUCACGAUGGCAUUGGUUUUAUUGGACUUGAUCAGUAACUGUCGCCUAAUCCUCGGCACACAUUUCAGAUUUCCUUUCUCAAUUGCACUUUCUGCGGGGCCCCGGCCAAUUUGGCCAUGGUCUUGAUACACCCAAAGAUCGACCAAGAAGCCAUGCAGCAACACAUUAGUUUUACUGGACAGUGUGAAGGUUCCUAUUGUAAAAUACAGUAUGAUUACAGAACAUGGAACAAUAAAUCGUGAUUUCCUCUCCA